GAUAUUUGAGACAAACGAUACUUGGUGAGCGCAGCUAUCGGAGGUUGUGGCGCAGCGAAUCGCUGCAGUUAACUUCGCCGCGCUUUGUAAAACGUGCUUUUCACGCCGGUUCUGCAUUAAAAUAUGUAUUAAAUAACAUUUUUAUUAGUUAAAAAUGUGUGUGAACAACUUAAAAGUGUCGUGCAGCAGUUGCAAAGUGUUAAUUUCGAGAAUUGAAAGCGAAUAGCAGCAACAAUUGGCUGCGUGUGGUGUGUGAAACGUGCGUUGUGUUUCGGCUUUUUGUUUUGAUUCUUAUCACGCUGCGAAACAGACGGCAAAAACGUGCGUCGCAAUGAAAAAUAAAGUAAAAACAAAAUGGAAAUGCUGUGAGAGUGCGCGCGCAACCCAAAAAAAAAAAACGAUGGAGCGUACGUUGUGAGAGACGCCACCGGUUCUUAUGCUGCCCGCUGCUUGAGAGCUUUCGCCAGUUGGAGCAGCGCAGCGCAGCGACGGCGACUGCGACUGCGACGGCAACGUCGACGACGGCGGCAGCAGCAGCGUUCAGUUGUGAGCAAGACUUUGCACUGUUCGGACGUCGCUCGCCGCACGCCCACGCAACGCCGACGCCGACGCAACACGCGACAACAGCAACCAAAAUAACAGCAACAACAACAACAACUGUAAGCAACAAUUGUAAUGCCAAUAAGAAACAUCAAAUGAUUGGGUUUAAUACGUCAAUUGCCAAUUGCGUUGCCAAUCAGAUUCUCAGUGCGAUACCGUUACGUGAACUCGCGAUCGUCGCGCGCCUCGUUAAAAAUUAAUUAAUUAUUAAUAUGCACGCUAAAAGGUCAAUGCAAAUCACAUCUAUAAUUAAAUAUAAAUAAUAAUUUACAAAUAACAAAAAAAAAAAUAAAUAAAUUGAUAACUGCAUGCGAAUUGCAUUGCCAAUUGGAAAACGUGUACGAACGUGUUCAAACGUGUUAAAACGUGUACGUGUGUGUGCGCGCGCGUGUGUGAGUGUUCGUGUGUGAGUGUUCGUGUGUGUGGUGUACUCUACGGUGUUUUUUUUAUUUCCACGUGGAUUGGAGAUUUCUUGUCCGCCGGUAAAUGUGAAUGUCGGCACGGAGCACACGGAUUUGAUGUAGACGCCGCGCCCUGGACGCAGCUCUCUACAUUGGGGCCCCCCACUUUGCAUUGGUACCAAACAAUGUCACGACGCAAACAGUCGAAUCCAAAGCCGUUGAAUAAAGGUGAUUGUUCCGAUACCACAGAAGAGAUGACCGUCGACAGCAGAGAAUCCAAAGAUUUGGGCGCACACGAGCUUAGCGAGGAGAAACAGCAGCCGCAGCAGCAGCUUGAGGACGAGCAGCUCGAAAACCAGAACCAAACUAGCAACGCCUCCGAGCAGCCCGAGGAGACAGACAUGGAUCAGGACAUGGUCGAGGAGGUCCAGGCAGCGCAGGAGGCCAGUGUGGCCGACAGCUCGACGACGCCGCCGCGUAGUCCCACGCCCGAGCUGGUGCCCAAGCUGGAGCGAGCUGAUACGCCGGUGACGCCGCCUUCAGCGGCAGCCACGCCCAGUCCGCCGGCAACGCCCACACCACCGACAAUGCUGCCCAAGCUGCGUCUGAAUGCGCUGCUUGCCUCCGAUCCAGCUCUAAAGCCGGACGCCAAGGAGCUACAUCCGCACGAGCCACGCCUGCUGGCGCCACCGCCGCAGCUGGCCAAACCCGAGCAGAGCCUGCCCGAUGCCAGCAGCCUGGUGGAGCCGCUGCUGAAGCCGGCGCGGUUUAUGUGCCUGCCCUGCGGCAUAGCCUUCAGCUCGCCCUCAACGCUGGAGGCGCACCAGGCCUACUAUUGCUCGCAUCGCAACAAGGACGCCGAUGAGGAGCAGACGCCAGCCGGCGACAAGCUAACAUCCGGCACAGCAGCUGGCGCCGGCUCCGGCAGCAAUGCCAACAGCAGCUCCAGCGGCGGCAGCUCCGGCUCGGAGCCACCAGCAAAAAUGGCGCGCACAGGCAAGCAAUACGCGUGCACGCAAUGCUCCUACAGCGCCGACAAGAAGGUCUCCCUCAAUCGGCACAUGCGCAUGCACCAGACCUCGCCGGCGGCGCCCAGCCUUAACAGCCUGGUGGCCAACGGCGGAGUUGCUGGUGUUGCUACGGCCGGCGCGCUCGAGGAGAGCUCUAGUCAACAAAUCGAUCGCUACUGCAGCGACUGUGAUAUACGCUUCAACAACAUCAAGACCUACCGCGCCCACAAGCAGCACUACUGCAGUUCCCGGCGCAGUGACGGACAACUGACGCCCAAGCCGGAAUCUGGCGCCGGCACAGGCCCUCCCGUUGCAACACCAGCACCAACUGCCACUGCAGCGGGCAAGCACAGCGGCGCCCACAGUCCGCAGAGCACGCGCAACAAGACGCCCACGCCGGCAAUGGUUGCUGCUGCUGCCGCGGCUGCCGCGGCCGCAGCUGCUGCCGCCGCCUCGCUGCAGGUGGCGCCGCCGCAGCCCUUUCUGGCGCUGCCCACCAAUCCCAUCAUUAUAGUGCCCUGCUCGCUCAUACGCGCAGCCAGCCUAAUACCGGGUCCACUCACCACCUCCACGUCGGGCAUUGUCAAUCCGGAAUCCACGUGCUUUACGCUCGACAAUGGCGCCCUCAAGCCGCUGGCCACGGCUCUCAAUAUCAAUGCGCUCACAGGCAACGCCACGCCCACGGCCACGCCCAAUCCAAUGGCCAGCAACAGCAGCCAGCAGCAGCCGGGCCUGCCCGCACAGGAGCCAGAGCGUUCAAGCGGCAUGGAGCCGGAACCCAAGAGCAGUCCGCCGGAGCCGAAGCGUAAGGAAGCCGGCGGCACACGUGAGACUACGCCGCUGGAUCUGUCGCUGCGCCGCUCGCCAAUCGCCGCGCUGCUCCAGCGCCAACGGCUGGUGCGCUCCGCCGCGCUGCUGGACGCCGAGGAGGCGCUACUGGGCGCUGCCAAGGAGAAUCUGGAGAGCGGAGUCGGCGGCAGCGUUACGCCGGAGCAAAUAGUAUGCGCGCCCUCGCUGCCCAGCAGCCCUUCGAUGAGUCCCUCGCCCAAGCGACGCGCCAUCAGUCCGCGCAGCUCAGGCGCCGGCAGCGCUGCCUCCAUGUCGCCGCCGGCGCUGGGCGUGGCCGUGCCACAUCAUCUGCUGGACCAGCUACCGCCACUGCGCUCCAUGCUGCCGGCGGACUUUGCGCUAACCGAAUCGCUGCUGGCCAAAACGAAUCCCGAGCUGGCGCUCAAGCUGGCGGCUGCCGCCGCCGCAGCCGUCGCGGGCAGCAGCAGCAGCGCCGAGCUGGCCACCAAGCUGGGCUUUCCCGCCAGCGCCGCUGCCAAUAGCGUCGCGCCCGGCGGCCAACAGCCGCAGAUCUAUGUCAAGCAGGGCGUCUCCAAGUGCAAGGAGUGCAACAUUGUCUUCUGCAAGUACGAGAACUAUCUGGCCCACAAGCAGCACUAUUGCUCCGCGCGCAACCAGGAGCCGACCGGCGAGGCUGAUUCCAAGAUCGGCGCGGUGACUCCGCCCGCGGCGGCGGACCGCAGUGGACCAGGCGCCGGACCGGGCGGCGCGGAGACCACGCCUGUGGCCUACCAGCAGCUCAUCUGCGCCGCCUGUGGCAUCAAGUACACCUCGCUGGAUAAUCUACGUGCCCAUCAGAACUAUUACUGUCCCAAGGGCGGGGCAGCUGCAGCAAGCGCGGCGGCGCCCGCCGAGGCGGCAACUGUGCCCCAGCUUAAGGAGAAGUGCGCCAAGUGCAAGACGCUGCAUGAGCCGGGCCAGCCCUGCGUUGUACCGCCGCCGCCUCUGCCGGCAGCCACGCCCCAACUGCCGCCCGCCGUCGUUGCCGGUUCGAACAGCGUGAACAAGUGUCCGGUUUGUGGUGUCAUCAGCCCAACCGCGGCGCUGGCACGCAAGCACAUGGAGAUGCACGGCACGGUGAAGGCGUUCCGCUGCAGCAUCUGCCAGUACAAGGGCAACACGCUGCGCGGCAUGCGCACCCACAUACGCACCCAUUUCGACAAGAAGACCAGCGACGUCAACGAGGAGCACUACAUGACCUGCAUCUUCGAGGAGGAUGCAGCCGGACAGGCAGCAGCAGCUGCAGCAGCGCAGCCACCGCCGCCAGCCUUGAGCCUGGAUCUGGCUGGACAGGUCGAGCAGCUCGACCAGCAUCCGGCCCAGCUCUUCAACUGCGAUCACUGCAACUAUGCCUCCACCUACAAGGGCAACGUGCUGCGCCACAUGAAGCUAUUGCAUCCGCACGUGGCCCUCAGUUCGCCCUCCAUUUCGCCUGAGUCGCGCGAACUUGACGCCAAUCCGCAUGCCCUGCCCGAAGUAGCCCUGGUCAAUGGCGAGCGCGAGGCCAGCUUCCACAUCAAAUCGGAGCCCUUGGAGCAGCCGGUGGCCACGCUAAGUCUGGUGCAUGAGAACAACAAUUCGCCGAUUGGAACGCCACAUACGCACAUCAAGGCCGAGCCGCUGGACAUGGGCAUGGAGCUGUCGACGCCCGCGCUGCCACCGCCGAUAGCCAACUCGCCGCUCGGCCCGAGCGCUGCGGAGGCCAUGAAGAAAUACUGUUCCACCUGCGACAUAUCGUUCAACUAUGUGAAGACCUUUCUGGCGCACAAGCAAUUCUACUGCAAGAGCAAGCUGCAUCGACCGGAGGCCAACGACAGCCCCAGUCCCACAGUGCUGAUCGGCGGUGGCGGCGGCGGCGUCGGUGGUGGUGUUGGGGGACCGACCACCAUGUUGCCGCUGCAGUCGCCCAGCGAGCUGCUACUACUGCAGAAGAACAAGGAGAACCUGCAGGAGGCGGCCAUUUGAGAGAGCCAGCUUAUGUGGGAGCUGCAGCGCAAGCAGCUGGAAUGGUACUACAAGUGCUUCUAACCCGACCACAUAAAACGUAACCACCAGCACCAUCAACACCACCGACAGGAUAUCGAAAGUAUUUGCGGAGAAUCUCCAGCUGUGCCGCCUGCAAGGACACGCCGAUAGAUAGAUCCAGAUUAAUCAUAACCAGGCAAUAUAGAUAUACAUACAUGAAGACAACCACACCUAGAUAGAUAUAGAUGUAGAUAUAGAUAAAGAUAUAUACUAUAUAUGUAUCUGUACCGUAGAAAUCAUGACAUAUAAUGCAUGCCAAAGCUUACCACUUAGAGAAGAAACCACAAUCGAAGUGCAAGAAACUA